AUAGUUGAACAACUUAUUCGAGAAAUUUGAAAUGAAUGAUAUCAUUUUGGAUUUUGGGAAUGAAAUUGACUUCGACUUUAGUGAUGAUCGUUCAGUAAUGUUUAACAGUUCUGCAUUAGACGAUGAUUUUGUCAUUCAAUUGAUGGAACCAGAAAACGAAGAAUCAGCUACUACAGAGUCAAACAUCGGCUACCAAGAAAACGAAGAUGAAAAAGAAUGGAAUGAAAUUGAUGGUGCUAUCGAAGUAAAAGAUGAUCAAUUAAAUCUUGCUGCAGUGUUCAAAUGGAAUAACAAUGUUGAUUCCCGUCUUUACAUUUUAAGUGGCAAGAAAAUGCUUGAAGCUAGUACCGAUGCUGCUGUGGAAGUUUGGAAGACGCCUUUUAAGCAUUGUAGACCAAGAGCAAUCAAAAGAUGGGCACAUAUCUUUUUGGAGUUCGGAGAGCUUCCUAAGUAUUUGCAGAGGGUUCAUGCAAAGAAGCUCUCCAGCAUGUCUGAUAAAGAUGUCAAGAACAAAGCCAUUGACUAUUUUCGAUCAAAACGCCCCAACCAAAGAACCAUUGUUGGUUUAGCAAAUCACAUUAGAAAGAUGAUUGUACCUGAAAUUAUGGCAAUAGGACCAAUCAGUCAACCACUAUCUUCGUUGAGCAACACCACUAUCGCAGAGUAUGUUAGAUAUUGGAUAUUUGAGCAAAAAUCAAACAGUAAAGAUGCGAUUUUCUUCGAUGAUCAUGAACGUGAAGAUGCUAAAGAGUAUAGGAUUCAAUGGACAAAGAAAAUGAUAGAAUGGAAGACCAAGACGGAAGAGUAUCCACGCAACAGUGAAGGAGAGACUGUUCAACCAGUUCUUCAAGAAGACGAGAAGAAGAUAACAUACGAGGAUUUGAAACAAUACUUGAAUAACUAUGUUAUUCCUCUGUUCAAGCAUUUGCAUCCAGACAGUACUACACUGUUUAAUUUUGAUCAAAACCAAAAUUAUCGCGCUUUUGCAAAAGAUGCCCUGCUUGCAAGUCGAAUGCCCUCAGGCGAAACGGUAUUCAAUCCUGAGAGUCAAUUUGCUUUUCGUGAUGGGAGCUUCAAAGAUCCUAUUGAUGGCAAAACCAAAACUCAAAGCAUCUAUAUCAUGCAUAGAAUUGAUUUUAGAAAAUUCAAAUCUGAGUUCAAUAGACUGAAAGCACAAAUCGUUCCAAAGAAGCGCUUUCCUUCGGAUGCAGCAUUGAGAUUACAUUUGGUUAAAAAAAUGAAAUUUCCGGACCCUGACAAACACUUCAAGUGCACUUUUCAGAUAUUGCUCAAAAGAGAAGUCAUUGGAAAAAACUGCAAGCCUCGCAAGCGUUGCAAUGAAGAGCACGUUAGUAAUAGUUGUUGCUUGGAGUAA